UAAUAGCUUUGUGUAAUGAUGUUAUGAGUAAAAAAAAAAAUAUGAUGAAUCGGUGCAAUGUGUACAUCAUUAUCACACAAUAAUGUUAUUUUGAUAUUUAUAUAAGUGCUGGACAUUAACAAGAACAUCUACGGUAUGUGUGAGAAUUGCAGCUCAAAUGUCUUCACAGUUUGACCACAAGAAGCCACUGAUGCCCCUCCUCUGACGUUUAACUUCCUUUGACUUCCUUUACUGACCGCAGCACAUCUAAUUCCGUAUACACAGGGUACAGAGGCGCAGCCUGUCAGUCACGUCCACACCGAGACGCAAUAAUUUAAUGUUUUAGUGAGUGUUUUAUAGAUAAAAGAUGAUUGUGUGUUCUUCUGAGCACGUGGAGAUGGUGGUGGAUAUCUAUGAAAGUGUAGACUCUGUUAGAGAUCACGACCCUGACACAGAGAAGGAAGACGCUGACGGAGAGAGACGCCUAGAAGCACAUCACACAGGAGGAGACACUGCACAGAGCAGGUGUUACAGACUGACUGCAGUGUGUGCGGUGCUGCUGUGUGUUCUCCUGCUGACUGCCGUCACAGUGCUGUGGAUCAAAUUCAACAACCUGACUAAAGAGAGAGACCAGUUACAGAGGGAGAGAGAUGUAUGCCAGAGGACAUUUUGUGAUUCGUGUAAGUGGUGUUUCAACUUCAACUCCAGUUUUUACUGCAUGUCUAAUGAGACGAAGAGCUGGGAGGAGAGCAGACAGAACUGCAGUUCGAGAGGAGCAGACCUGGUGAUCAUAAACAGCAGAGAGGAACAUGAGUUCAUCAGUCAGCAGCUGGGCGGCUUUGAUACUUGGAUUGGUCUGAGUGACAGAGAAAAAGAGGGAGAGUGGAAAUGGGUGGACGGUACACCACUGACCACUGAGUAUUGGGAUUCGGGGCAACUGGGUAAUACAGGUGAUGAAGACUGUGCUGAGAUUUACUAUUCAGAUUCAAAUAAGGUUGUCUGGAACGACAAGACAUGCUCUGAGAAACUGCACUGGAUCUGUGAGAAACGUCUUUCUCAGUGACGAGUAUCAUUUUAUAAUAAAAAGCGCUUAUACACAAAUUGAACCAAAUAUAUAAAAAAUAUAAAAGACAGUAUUUUGAUGAUAAUUGUGUCUCAGUGUAUGUUCUUGUUUUCUCAGAGUGAACUCAGUAAUCAGUCAGUGACACAAAGUGCACAGAGACUGUUCAUGUCUUUUACUGUAACUCAUAGAUGUAUAUUUCUUAUGAUUCUGAUGCAGUAACUCUGUAGGUCUGUGAUGAUGAACGCAGUAUAAUUGAGAUAAUUGUAUUUGAAGAGUCCAUCUCAGUGUCUCUGACUCUGUUAAAUCAGCAUAAGCCUGAGCUCAAGCAAGAUUGGAUUGAGGUUUAUUAUACUGUUUUUGAUCCUAGAGUGAGGGACAUGAUGUGAAAUGACUGUAAAGGGGUUGAUUCCUGGUUUGCAGGUACUUUUCUGCUGAAUAGAGUUUAUGUUAAAAACAACAUUUAAAUAAAUCUGUACAAAGCA